AUGUCAUUUCGUGCAUUCCUGUCUCAGACACGCGCAUCAUUUGCAGCACUAACUGCCCCUAUGAUAGGCGCGCGCUCAUCUAUCAUGCCUAGCCCUCCUAGUGCUGUACCAGGACAAAUUCGUUGCGCUUCGAAUUUAGGGCCUCGUCGUACAAAAUACCGCAAAGCUCAAAAAGGACGCGUUCCAUUUCCGACUGGUGGCUCUGUGAAGGGUACAACUGUGACACAGGGUGUUUAUGGUCUUCGGGCACUCGAUCCAUCUCGCAUUACUGCAACUCAGCUCACUGCUGCUGAAACAGCUUUGAAGCGCAAGUUAAAAGUAGUUCGUGGUUCGCAGGUUUUUAUGCGAGUGUUUCCCGACAUACCCUUCUGCGUCAAGGGAAAUGAGACUCGUAUGGGUAAGGGAAAAGGGUCGUUCGAAUAUUGGGCAUGUCGCGUUCCUGUGGGACGAGUCAUAUUUGAGAUCGGUGGUCAUGUGGAAAUACGCCCAGAAGUAGCAAAAGAUGAAUUUAUUACUUCUUCCACGCCACCUCGUCUGGGUCGCGAAGUAAGUCAUGAGCUGCACCAUGUCAAGCCCGCGGGAAUGCCGAGAUUGUCACAUGAAUUGGAUCCACAACUUGUCCAAAAAAAGGCUACAGAUAUGCGAUCGUAG